AUGCCCCGGCUCGCUUUACUCGCACUAGCGAUGUUUUUCAUGGGGCUCGCCUGCUCUGCGAAUGCGACACUUGCUGAGCAGACGAUCCUCACAUCCGUUAAGCAGGAGAGUUUGUCUGCCACCGUCGUCCGGGCGAAGACCAGCUGGCGCUGGCUAGACUGCGGCUCAUCUACCGAUGUCGUAAGAAUCGAAUCAAUCGAGGUAUCUCCCGAUCCUCCGGAGAAAGGAAAGGAUCUUUCCAUCGAGGUCACCGGGAAUGCAGGGGAAGUUGUUGAGGACGGAGCUUUUGCAGAUGUGACGGUGAAGAUUGGCCCCCUUAGAGUCUUGCAGAAGCGCUACGAUUUAUGCGAGGAAGCUAGGAAUGCCAACGCCUCUAUUCAGUGUCCCAUCGAUGAAGGCCGGCAUAUUGUCAACCAAACUGUGACUCUUCCGAAAGAGAUACCCAAUGCGCUCUAUCGCAUCAAUGUCCGAGGUUAUACCAUGAAUGACGAAGACAUGGUCUGCAUAGACCUCGAUGUGGAUUUCAGGAACCGUCCUUUCCCGGACGUUGAGUGA